AUGGGCGAAGGAGACAAUCGUGGAGGCUCCUCUUCAUACAACAAGCUGGUUUUCACCGUCGUGCCUUUGCUUAUCGUUGCUAUUCCCAUGGUACUAGCAUUCUUGUAUCUUCGGCAAAAGCAACAUCGCAUCUAUGCACCCCGAACUUUCUUGAAUACAUUGGAAGAAGAGGAGAAAACACCCAAGCCAGCAUAUGGCAUGUUCAACUGGAUCUCGGCUUUCAGAAAACUCCCUGAUCAAUACGUUUUGAACCAUCAAACAUUGGACAACUAUCUCUUCAUACGUUACUUCCGCAUGCUCACCUACAUCUGUCUUGUUGGUACCAUCAUCACAUGGGUCUUUCUGCUUCGGGUAAACUACAAUGGUGGCGGCAGUCAAUCUGAGCUUGACAUGUUCACCUUCAGCAAUGUUUCAGAUCCCAACAAGCUCUAUUGGCAUGCUGUAUGUGCAUGGCUCUUCCUUGGGUUCGUCAUGUUUGUCAUCACCAAGGAGACGCUUUACUACAUCAACCUCCGUCAGGCAUACCUCACAACUCCUCGUAACGCCACUCGCAUGUCUACUCGUGUAGUGCUGUUCACAGGUGUGCCACCUGACAUGCGUCAUGAGAAGUGGAUCAAAGCAGACUUUUUCGGUGUCAAGCGUGUCUGGUUAGCUACGGAUUGUACUGAGCUCGAGAAGCUGGUCAACAACAUGAAUGAUACUGCCAUUGCGCUCGAGGAGUCGGAGAUCCAGUUGUCUACCAUCGCCACGAAGAAGCAUCUGAAAGGGGAGAAUCAUUUCGCAAAUGACCCCGAGAGAGCAGGUACUGCUACACAGCAAUGGAUUGCCGCCAAAGAAAGGCCCUCGAAGCGCAUCGCAAUGGUUGGCAGAAGACUGGAUGCUAUCGAGAUGUACCGUGAGCAGUUGAAAGCAGUCAUUCCUAAGGUCGAAGCUCUUCAAAAACGGCAUGUACAAGGUUACGAGAAACUCCUUCCUGCAGCUUUUGUCGAGUUCGAAACCCAGCGUGCCGCACAGCUUGCCUACUCGGACCCCUUCUGGAAACAGCCAGGGAAGAUGGAAGCAGCGACCAUUGGUAUCUCAAGCCCCAAUGAAAUCGUCUGGCCAAAUCUGGCAAUUGGCAAGCCUGAGCGUUGGGCGCGCACAAUCAUCGCAAACACCAUCGUCAUAUUGUUGAUUGUCUUCUGGUCCGUCCCUGUUGGUCUCGUUGGCUCUCUUGCCGAUAUCGACAAUCUUGCUCAAACUUUCCCACCACUUGGUUUUGUUAACAAGCUUCCGUCCUCGACAAAGGGCGCCAUUGGUGGUCUGCUUCCCACCCUUUUGAUUUCUGCAAUCCUAGCUCUUGUUCCUAUCAUCUGUCGCUUCACUGCUAGAAAGGCUGGAUCCAUCACGCUUGCUCAGAUCGAGCUGCGUACGCAAGGAUGGUACUUUGCCUUCCAAGUUGUACAGGUCUUUCUUAUCACGACUUUCAGUUCGGGUGCCUCGACAGUUGCUAAACAAAUCUGGAACAACCCUGGUCAAGCACCCAAGCUUCUUGCUGACAACUUGCCAACUGCCAGCACGUUCUAUUUAUCUUUCUUCAUCCUACAGGGUGUUGCCGUCACUGCUUCGACAAUCUUCCAGAUAGUGCCGUUCCUUAUAUUCAAUGUUCUGGCACCCUUCCUAGACACAACACCACGAAGAAAAUUCGAACGAUUCGUCACUCUCACUGGACUCAGCUGGGGAGACACCUAUCCCAAAUUCACGCUCUUCGCCGUCAUUGCGAUUUCUUACUCAUGCAUCGCUCCGCUGGUCCUUGGAUUUGCCAUGCUUGGUAUUUACUUCCUGUAUUUGGCUUUCCGCUACAACGUCUUCUACGUCUUGACAAUGGCUCUUGAUACCAAGGGCGAUGCAUAUGGUCGAGCUCUACAGCACCUUAGUGUGGGCAUCUACCUUGCAGAGAUCUGCUUGAUUGGUCUCAUGGGUGCGCGUGGAGCAGAUGGUCCAGCCAAAUUGAUGGUGGUUCUUCUUGUUCUUACUGCCAUCUACCAGACCUACCUCAACAUGAUUCUGGCCCCUCUGACAAAUACGCUGUCGGACAAACUUAUGGCCGAGAACGAAGAAGAAGCACUGGUGCAAGCAGAUGAAGAAGGUGCAACCGCACCAAUCGAUAUGGGCGGCAAUGGUGUGCAACCCAAACAGAUUGCGCCCUACUCUAACAACAAAGCCGCCAAUGCUUUCGUCGAACACUUCAAGCGAGGCGGUCUCUUUGCUCCCUUCCUCUUUAACGGAUCCAAGAGUAACUAUCCAGCCCUACGUCGCCAACUUUGGGAUGCCUUUCCAGGUCAACCCGCUCCCGCUAUUCCUGAAGAGACUCUGAAGCAUGCUUACCACCACCCUGCUAUCACAGCCAAGCCACCCAAGCUUUGGAUCGUCAAAGACGAGCUCGGUGUCUCUACUCAAGAAAUCAAGGAGACCAAAAAAGUUAUCGAUAUUUCUGAUGAGGGUGCUCGCUUCAACGAGAAGGGCAAGAUUGAGUGGGAUGAAGACGAUGUGAGAAAGGCUCCCAUCUGGAAGGACAGAGUGGAGUACUAG